UCAUUGCUUCUCUGCUCACUGAAGGCGUCGUUUGGGUGUGUUUUUCUGCGUAGUUGCUGGCCAAUCGAUCGCAUGCACUUCUGGAGGCACUUCUCCUCUCCUCCCUCCGUGCGGGCACUCAACUAAUUCAUUAACAAAUAUUUGCUUGUGAAAAAGAAGAACAGUGCCGUCACAUAUGCAUUUAAUGCUGGAAUAACUGUUGAUCCACAAUUGCAAUCCACCAAAACUGUGAGUCUUUGUGUGCGUUCGUGUGUGUGUGUGUGCUGGUGCGUGAGCAAAAAUUAUUGUAUAAUCGCCAAAAAAAAAACUUAAAAACGCCAACGCGAGAGCGAAAAACUUGUUGAACGGCAGAUCCCCGCACACCCCCGCUGAGCCGACGAACCAGCGAACCGACGAACCAUCGAAACACCGAACCACCACCCACUAGCAAUCUAUAGACUUACGGCGGUGACUACGUCAUGCAGGCCAUCAAGUGCGUUGUUGUUGGCGACGGAGCCGUGGGUAAGACCUGCCUCCUGAUCAGCUACACAACCAAUGCCUUCCCCGGUGAAUACAUCCCCACGGUGUUUGACAAUUACUCGGCCAACGUGAUGGUGGAUGCCAAGCCGAUCAAUCUGGGACUGUGGGAUACGGCCGGGCAGGAGGAUUACGAUCGAUUGCGUCCGCUCUCCUACCCGCAGACGGAUGUCUUCCUCAUCUGCUUCUCGCUGGUCAAUCCCGCCUCCUUCGAGAACGUGCGCGCCAAGUGGUUCCCGGAGGUGCGUCACCACUGUCCCAGUGUGCCCAUCAUUCUGGUGGGCACCAAGCUGGAUCUGCGCGAUGACAAGGCUACCAUUGAGAAGCUCAAGGACAAGAAGCUGACGCCCAUCACAUAUCCGCAGGGACUGGCCAUGGCCAAGGAGAUCGGCGCUGUCAAGUAUCUGGAGUGCUCUGCCCUGACCCAAAAGGGCCUGAAGACGGUCUUCGAUGAGGCCAUUCGCUCUGUGCUUUGUCCAGUGGUGCGCAAGCCCCCGCGUCCCAGGUGCAGGCUGCUGUAGGGCGGCGACGACAAAGAGAGAGAGAGGACAAAGUGCAGAAACUCUUUUUUGCAGAAAGAAAACAAAAAAAAAGAAACAUAAAAUAAUGCAUGGGUUUACAGUUACAGCUAAUGUACGUGUGAGAGAGCGUGUCAGAGUGAUUUAAUGAGAG